AUGUCGGGCACCACUAUAGAUGAUGUCGUUAAGCGACUCAGCGCAACAGAUAUCGGUACGAAUACACUUGAAAUCUACCCCACCGGAACUGCUGUCGCAUAUGUUAGACUUAAGCUUGAAGCUGCAACUACGUUGCGCGAUAGCUUAGAUCACUAUACCAGUGGUCAAAUAUACCCGCCCUUCCUAAAGAGAUUAAUGCCCAUCUUCUUUACCAUCUUACGCGGACCAUGCAUCUUUCAGAGCAACUCACCAGACCAGAAACUUCGGAUGGCUAUCCUCGAGGUCAUUCACCGAUUACCUACCCAGCCCGCUCCUCCCGAACCCUUCGAACCCCAUGCCGAAGAGACAGUCGACUUGUUGAUGCAACUUGUACGAACAGACAACGAAGAGAACGCGACAAUAUGUGUGAAGAUAAUAUCGGACAUUAUGCGCCACCAGCACAAGGUGUUACAGGGCAAAGUGCAGCUCUUCCUCACUCUCAUUCAAGAGCUUUUCGAGCAAAUGGAGAAGGUCGUUCGAGAGCAGCUUGACAAUGCACCCCAUAAUGCGCCAUCGCAACCAGGAGCGCCCUCAACCCCUGGCAACUCGCAGACAAACUUCCAGUCCCCAAGGCCAGGCUCACCAGUCGCCUCCGUCAACGAUCUUGGCACCGAUACACAGCAACAGAACCGCCCCCUGCUCAAGGGCAUGCACUCCUUCAAGGUUCUCUCCGAAUGUCCCAUUAUUGUGGUGUCCAUAUUCCAGGUCUACCGAAACACGGUGCAGCAGAACGUCCGGAAGUUCGUCCCUCUCAUUCAGAAUGUGCUGUGUCUCCAAGCUUCAGCACAACAGCAAGCACACGCUGAUGCUGCUGCCAAAGGAACAAUUCAUACGGGAGUGAGCCCUGCUAUCAAGAACCGGGUGGCAUUUGCCGAUUUCAUUACUGCUCAAGUUAAAACGAUGAGCUUCUUGGCAUAUCUUCUUCGGCAAUACGCCUCGCAUCUGAAUGACUUCUUGCCUCGACUCCCCGAUAUCGUCUUGCGUCUCCUGAAAGACUGCCCUAGAGAGAAAUCCGGCACACGCAAGGAAUUGAUUGUUGCGAUUCGCCAUAUCAUCAAUUAUAAUUUUCGCAAGAUAUUUAUUCCCAAGAUUGACGAGCUCCUGGAUGAGCGAACGCUCACUGGUGAUGGAUUGACAGUGCACGAGACGAUGCGACCUUUAGCAUACAGCAUGCUUGCUGAUCUCAUCCACCAUGUUCGAGACUCUUUGAAGCCGGAACAGAUCAGGAAGACUGUUGAGGUCUACACUAGGAAUCUGCAGGAUAAUUUCCCCGGUACAAGUUUUCAGACAAUGAGCGCGAAGCUCCUGUUGAAUAUGGCAGAAUGCAUAGCGAAAUUACCCAAUAAGGUGGAUGCACGACAUUAUCUGAUCAUGAUUCUGAACGCGAUUGCCGACAAGUUUGCGGCCAUGAACCGGCAAUACCCCAAUGCUGUCAAGCUCUCUGCCCUGUACCGUGAACAGAUGAAGGCUGGCACCCCUGAGACAUACUUAGCCGACAAGGACAGUCCCCCCGACUGGGAUGAAACCGACAUCUUUUCUGCAGUACCAAUCAAGACAUCAAACCCACGAGAUCGAGGUGCUGACCCUGUCGUCGAUAACAAAUUCCUAUUUCGAAAUUUAAUGACAGGCCUAAAGAACACCUUCUAUCAGUUGAGGACAUGUAACGUUGGGUCACCCAUUGACGCUCAAAAUGCUCCCACGCACUGGCAGGAUGUUUCUUAUGGUUUCACAGCCGAAGAGGUCAAGGUCAUCAUCAAGCUCUUCCGAGAGGGUGCGUAUGUCUUCAGGUACUAUGAGAUUGAGAAGCCAGCAGCGGAGUCCCAGUAUAUGUCGCCAGUAGAAUAUAUGGCCAACUUCUAUAUGGUUUCAUGUAGCAAGGAGGAGAAGGACCUUCUUGAGACCUUUGCUACCGUUUUCCAUGCCAUUGAUCCGGCUACUUUUCACGAGGUGUUCCAGCAGGAGAUUCCGCGCCUUUAUGACAUGAUAUUUGAACAUACAGCGUUGCUACAUAUACCCCAAUUCUUUCUCGCUAGCGAAGCGACUUCUCCUAGCUUCUGCGGUAUGCUUCUACAAUUCCUCAUGGAGCGAAUCGACCAGGUCGGCUCUGCAGAUGUCAAGAAAUCAUCCAUUCUGUUGAGGCUCUUCAAGUUGGCUUUCAUGGCCGUUACCCUAUUCGCCAACCAGAAUGAGCAGGUGUUAUUACCACACGUUGUCAACAUUGUCACGAAAUCCAUCGAGCUAUCAACAAAAGCAGAAGAGCCAAUGAACUAUUUUCUCCUUCUUCGCUCGCUGUUUCGCAGCAUCGGUGGUGGUAAAUUCGAGCAGCUUUACAAGCAAAUCCUCCCUUUGCUUGAAAUGCUUCUGGAUGUGCUGAACAAUCUUCUCAUGGCUGCACGAAAGCCAGCAGAGCGCGACCUCUACGUGGAGCUCUGUCUCACAGUCCCGGCUCGACUUAGUCAUUUGCUGCCGCACCUCAGCUUCCUGAUGCGCCCACUUGUUGUUGCUCUGCGCGCAGGCACGGAUCUUGUCGGACAAGGGCUACGAACAUUGGAGCUGUGUGUUGAUAACCUAACAGCCGACUAUCUUGAUCCCAUUAUGGCACCUGUCAUUGAUGAGCUGAUGACUGCUCUCUUUGACCAUCUCAAACCCCACCCUUACAGCCACUUUCACGCUCAUACCACGAUGCGAAUUCUUGGUAAACUGGGUGGGAGGAACAGGAAGUUUAUGACUAGUGCUGUGCCGCUUACUUAUAGGGAGUAUGCUGAUGAUCCCUCGAGCUUUGAUCUGAGACUUCUGGGCUCUAAAAAGGACAGAGCCUUCCCUGCUGACAUGGGAAUCGACUUUGCUAUCCAGAAGUUAAUGGAGUUUCCUAAGGCAACUAAGAAUAACCACAACAAACAAUAUGAUGCUUACUAUAAAAAGCAAGCAUUGCACUUGAUCAAGGCACAACUCAAACUUCGAAUCGGUUAUGAUCAGCUGCCAGAUGACCUCCCGCGUCUUUUGCGACUUCAAGCUGAAGAUUUGGUUGCGAGAAGGUAUGAGAUCAACACCGCCAAUUUUGAGAUCUCAGACCGUGAGCGAUCAAUUCCGAAGAAGGAGAGCGAAGAUUUGGUCGUCAAACGGCUUCUCAAAGCCAUCAUGUUUGCCCAUUCUUUCCCGGAAUUCAAGGAUGAAGCCAGCUCCUUCUUACUGAACGUUUGCAAGCACUUCGCGAUCAUUGAGAUUGGUAGAGCUUUGGUGGAUUUGAAGCGCACAUUUAGCCCCUUCGACCCUAAUGCUGGCGAGGGCCCCUUGCACAUCGAUACACGCAAUCUCUCGGACGCCAUUGUCGAGUCGCUGGCUUCUGAUCACCCUGAUGUGCGCGAGGCGGGUAAGAGUGCCAUUCGUGAGAUGUAUGAUGCUACAGCCAUUAUCUUUGGUUCAGAAAGUGAUGUUGGCAAGCUUCCUUUCUUCAGUCAUCUAAGCAGCACUUUCUGCCACAGCUGCUAUGAAGAAGAGUGGUUCACCAAGACUGGUGGUAGUCUAGGUAUCAAUUACCUGCUUACUGAACUUGACCUGGGCGACACGUGGAUUACAUCCAAGCAAACCGAGUUUAUCCGUGCGCUUACUUAUGUGGUCAAAGACAUGCCCCAGGAUCUUCCCGAAAAGACGCGCUGCCUGGCUCAAACUAGCUUGGAGGUCCUCUUGAAGCGCAUCACUAAAGACAUAACUAAGGAGGAUACACUGCCCAUCACGCAACAACCAGGGCAGACGCAAAACCCUCAGCUCAAGCAACCUCGACUUUCCCAGAUUUGUCAACAAUUUGGUAACGAUCUGUACCAUAUGAACAAGCAUGUUCGAGAGACCGCAAAACACUCGCUGGAACUCAUUGCAACAGCGGCAAAGUGUGAGGUCUGGGAACUGUUAGAACCCUGCAAGGACAAGAUUCUGCAACCCAUCUUUGCCAAGCCUUUACGUGCGUUGCCCUUCAGUAUUCAGAUCGGCUACAUCAAUGCCAUGACGUACCAUAUGAGCUUGAAGAACGACUGGGUCCCAUUUGAUGAGAACCUAAACCGUCUUCUGAUGGAGUCGUUGGCGCUUGCGGAUGCUAGUGACGAAUCCCUUGCGAACAAGCCUGCGGAGUUCCGUACUCAUGAGCACAUUGUCAACCUUCGAGUUUCGUGCAUUAAGCUCCUUACAACUGCAAUGACGUUUGAGGAAUUUUCCAACCAGCCGACUAAGACCAAGAUCCUCAGUGUCUUUUUCAAAUGCCUGUAUUCAGAGUCAAAACCCACCAUCAAUGCAGCGAACGAUGCCCUAAAGUCUGUCUUAGCAGUUGAUAGACGCCUGCCUAAGGAGCUCCUACAGGGAGGUUUGCGACCAGUGCUACAGAGCCUCUCGGAUCCUAAACGCUUAAGCACCGCAGGACUCGACAAUUUGUCUAGGUUGCUGAAGCUCCUUACCUCUUAUUUCAAGGUCGAGAUCGGUGCUCGCUUACUAGAACAGAUCGACUCAAUAGUCGAGCCUAGUGCCUUGCAACAGAUAUCCUUUACUUUCUUCGACCAACACCCGCAGAUGAAGAUCAUCACUGCCAUAUUGACCAUUUUCCAUCUGCUUCCUGCUCCCGCUGAAGCCUUUAAGGAACGACUGAUCGACUGCUUUCUUGGUUUAGAGGAAAAAUUGCGCAGAACUCAACUGAGUCCUUUCCGCUUGCCUAUUUACAGAUACAUGAAUCGAUAUCCAAAGGAGAUUUGGGCUUUCCUUUUCGGCAAAGUCGAAGACCUCAAAUAUGGCCGGCUGUUGGCCCAGGUCCUUGCACAUGCCGACAGUAAUGCUUUGCGAGAAGUCGCAAUUGAGAAUCUCGAUGGUCUCAUUACCCGUUGCAAUGAGCUUAUCAGCCAAAACAGCGAGGCCAAGUUCAUUGCCAUGGUGAAUGCGAUCCACAUUUUUGAGUCUCUCAGCCAUUUCCCCAGCGCAGAGAAGUGGAUGGACAAAAAGGAGCAUCUCGACUGGCUUAAGAGUAUUGGCAAGGAGCUGGAAACACAUCUUCGACAACACACCCUUCCCGCACAUCUCCGAUUACCUGCUUACCAAGCAGCUGAAGAGUUGAUGACCAUCCUCGUCAAGUCUCUUGAAAGGGCACCCAAGGACUUGGAUCCUCUUUUCAACUUGAUCGAGUGCGUGACAUCUGAUGAGCUACGGGUCACCCAGGAGCUGUUCUCCUUCAUUUACCAGAGGAUAAUCUGCAGUGAUGCAGUUGACUUCUGGAAAACCAUUGUCCUCCGCUGCCUGGAUACUUAUGCUGGGAAGUCUGCUUCAAACAAGAUGAAGCAUUUCCUCCUCCAUUAUAUCGUUAACCCAAUCGUUGCGAUGGACGUCAUGCGAAACUGGAAACAGCUCGACCAGAACAGGACCCCUCGACUUAUGGAUAGAGCUGUCAUUGAUGCAGUUAGCAGCAAGAUCUGGAAGGUUCAACCGGAGUCGACAACGGACGACCAAGCUCAGCCUGGCAUCGAUCACACUCGCUAUGAGGUUUUGCAGCUUUCGGCAAUGUUGGUCAAAUACUAUCAUACACCUCUUCAGGAUGCCCGGAAAGAUAUCAUCAAGUUCGGAUGGACUUUCAUUCGUCUUGAGGAUGUCAUCAACAAGCAUGCUGCUUACGUAGUCAUUGGAUACUUCAUCGCUCAUUAUGAGACGCCUCCAAAGAUUGUCACUCAGGUGUACCUCUCUCUCCUGAAAGCCAACCAGAACGAGGGACGCGCCUUGGUUACUCAAGCACUCGAACUCAUUGCUCCUAUGCUACCGAAACGAUGUGGAACUGGCCAGAACGAGCGCGUUGCGGCUUGGGCCAUUGCCCCCCGGCGUGUUCUCGUCGAUGAAGGACAAAAUGCCCAGCAGAUGACGAGUAUCUACCAUUUCCUUGUUAGACAUCCUGAUCUAUUCUAUGAAGCUCGUGAUAGAUACAUCACUUUGAUGAUCAGUUCUCUACGGAAGCUCGCCACUCCCCAAAAUGCGUCGCACGAGUCCAAGAGGCUCUGCCUCAACAUGAUGUGGCUGAUCUGGACAUGGGAAGAACGGCGAGUUGAAGGAAAAUCGGCAUCUUUUGGGGCGAGGUCCCUUUCCCAGUCUCCAAACACGAAGAAGAGAAAAUUGGAGUCUGAGCAGGCAAAUGCAUCUUCCCAGCCAGUUGGCCGUGCGGAGUAUCAGAUCCCCCCUCUUUUCCGCAUGAAGAUGAUUAAGUAUCUUGUUGAGUUCAUUGCUCAGUUGAAUGAACGCUACGAACUUCCUUCCGCGAAGCCCCGGGAUCAUGUCUCAUCGUCAAUCCCCCCAGUCCCUCUUGCGUUGACUGAUCUCUGCAAGAAGGCUAUGAAACUCCUCUACAACUUGGUGCAGCCACAAUACUGGGGCGACCUCGACCUCGACCUUUUUCCUAAUGUAACUCAGGUUAUCUUGGCGAGCGAACGAACACAAACUAUUCUUACGGCUGAUCCUACAGAUAAGGAGAAGUUUGAUGACAAAUUUCUAACCAACAUCAUCAACACCCUUCAAGUGGUCCGUAUCGUGCUCAACUCCAAGUCAGACGAGUGGAUCCAGAAGAGCAUGCCGGCUAUCCAGAAAGUCCUGGAGAAGUGCCUCAAAUCAGAAAACCCCGAGAUCCAAGAUUGCCUUCAUCUUUCCGACAAGAAGUUUGACGACAAUCGUGAACUCCGGUCGAUUGUCAAACGCAUCCUGGACUCCGUACCAGACGACACACCUAUGGAGGACGCCGAUGCCGAUGGUGAAGUGGAGACACAAACAUCUGAGAUUGUUGCUUACCUGUCACAAGUCGCUACAGAAGCAAUGAACAGCAGCAACUUUACUUCAGGUGUCAAUAUUCUGUGGUCUCUCGGCCAGCGAAAGCCCAACGUAAUUGAUCAGCAUAUCAAUUCUCUGAUGAAGGCCCUCCAAUCCAAACAUGCGAGAGAACAUGUCCAGCACUACAAUGCAAUUGCAAGUCAGGCAGCUGGUGUUAACAGGAACCAGGACCCCAACACACCAAGCGGAGAAAUGUCGGCCUACGAUCUUGAGAUUCAAACCAAGAUUAUGAUCAAAGAAAUCCAGGUGGUAGCGCUGCGGAUGGAAGUGCUGGGCGACAAUCGACGACCCUUCCUCAGCGUCCUAGCAACUUUGGUUGAAAAGUCCAUGUCAAUUGAGCUUUGUGAGGAAAUACUGAACAUGGUUGAGGGGUGGGUAUUCCGAUCAGAAGGAACAUGGCCAACACUUAAGGAGAAGACGGCUGUUCUUCAUAAGAUGCUCUCCUUUGAGCACCGACAAGACCUAACUAUGCUAUCCAAGUUCCUGGACCUCGUUAUUCGCAUCUAUGAGGACCCCAAGAUCACCCGCACAGAAUUGACUGUUCGCAUGGAGCAUGCAUUCCUUAUCGGCACUCGUGCAGCGGAUGUUGAAAUGCGUAAUCGCUUCAUGGCUAUCUUUGACAAGAGCUUAUCCAAGUCGGCCAGUGCACGUCUGUCCUACGUCCUUACCUCUCAGAACUGGGACACACUCUCAGAUUCAUACUGGCUCGCGCAGGCUACACAGCUGUUACUCGGAGCAGUCGAGACGAACGCCAAUAUCCAACUAUACCAAACCGACUUCAGAACCUUGCCGAUUUCUCGCCUGCUCACAAUCUUCACGAAGGAGAUGGAGGCUCGGGAGCCUACUGUCAUUAUCGAUGACAAGUUCGAAUCAUUCAUGGCUACUCAUCGUCGCUUCAUGUCGGAACUGGGAGACAUCAAGGUGAAGGACGUCAUCGAACCAUUGGUGCAGCUUCAGCAUGUCGAUUCCCAACUCGCUCACAACCUUUGGGUAACCCUCUUCCCAAUCUACUGGUCAUCUGUAGCCAAGGACGACCGAAUUGAUCUAGAACGCGGCAUUGUUGCUUUGCUCACAAAAGAUUAUCAUAGUCGGCAAAUUGACAAGCGCCCUAACGUCAUUCAGUCAAUCCUUGACGGUGCUGCAAAGACUUGGCCUGAGUGUAAGAUUCCACCACAUGUCCUCAAAUUUGAGGCCAAGACCUACGAUGCUUGGUAUACUGCCUUGGUUCAACUUGAGAACUCUGCCAUUAAACCACAAGUCGAUUCCGCUACGGUACGAGAAAGCAACCUCGAUGCUCUUGUCGAGCUUUACGCUUCACUCCAGGAAGACGAUCUGUUCUAUGGUACCUGGCGGCGUCGGUGCCAAUUUGUUGAAACUAAUGCUGCGCUGUCGUACGAACAGAACGGCAUGUGGGACAAGGCCCAAAAGCUGUAUGAGAAUGCCCAGAUCAAGGCCAGAACUGGUGUGAUACCCUUCUCCCAAGCCGAGUACAUGCUUUGGGAGGAUCAUUGGGUUCUUUGUGCACAGAAGCUGCAACAGUGGGAGAUUCUUCAGGAUUUCGCUAAGCAUGAAAAUUUCCAAGAUCUCCUUCUCGAGUGCGCUUGGCGGAGCACAGAGAUGUGGCAGGAUGAGCAACACCGCGAGGCUUUGGAUAAUAUCAUCAAGGGCGUUAUGGACGCUCCUACACCCCGCAGAGCCUUCUUCCAAUCUUUCAUGUCACUUCUCAAAUUUCACAAUCAGAAAGAGGCUAGCACGGACUUCGCUCGCGUGUGCGAUGAGGCAAUUCAGCUCUCAAUCCGUAAAUGGCACCAGUUGCCCGAGCGCCUGACCAAUGCCCACGUUCCACUUCUUCAGAACUUCCAACAGUUGGUUGAGCUUCACGACGCCAGUGUCAUUUGCCAAAGUCUUGCGAAUACCAACCAGACAAACCUGGAUGUCAAAUCUGGCGAACUCAAGUUACUGCUGGGUGCUUGGCGCGAUCGACUCCCGAAUGUGUGGGAUGAUAUCACUGCUUGGCAAGAUCUCGUCACCUGGAGACAGCAUAUAUUCAGCCUCAUCAACCAGACGUAUUUGCAAUUGCUUCCUCAACAAGGACAGCAAAACGCCGGUGGCGCUAGCUCGUUUGCUUAUCGCGGUUACCACGAGACUGCCUGGAUUAUCAAUAGGUUCGCCCAUGUCGCUCGCAAGCAUAACCUUCCUGAUGUUUGCAUUAAUCAAUUGAGCCGCAUUUACACGCUGCCUAAUAUUGAGAUCCAGGAAGCCUUCUUGAAGCUUCGUGAACAGGCCAAAUGCCACUAUGAAAAUCCUGACGAGCUCUCGAGUGGUUUGGAUGUUAUCAACAAUACAAACCUCAACUACUUUAGCCCGUCUCAGAAAGCCGAAUUCUACACCCUCAAGGGAAUGUUUUUGGAGAAGCUCAAGCAAAAGGAUGAGGCCGAUUCGGCGUAUGGCACGGCGUUAUACUUUGACAUCGGUGCCGCCAAAGCUUGGGCGGAAUGGGGCUACUUUAACGACCGCAAGUUCAAGGAAGACCCUACUGACCUCAAUGCGGCAAGACAAGCACUUACUUCGUACUUGCAAGCUGCGGGAAGCUACAAGAAUGCCAAGUCUCGCAAACUCCUUGCGCGAAUCCUGUGGCUCCUCAGCUUGGAUGACGCCAAGGGCACGAUCGCGUUGGGCUUUGAUGACUUCAAGGGUGAAACACCCGUGUGGUAUUGGAUUACUUUCAUCCAACAACUUAUCACGGGACUCGGGCACAAGGAAGCUCCUCGUGUUUUCCAACUGCUGCUGAAGAUUGCAAAGUCAUAUCCCCAAGCUUUGUACUUCCAGCUUCGAACCAACCGAGAGGAUCUUCUUGUUAUAAAGAAGAAUCAAGAAGCCCGAGACAGAACAGCACGACAACGCGCACAAUCUGUGGCAUCCAAUGGAAAGGCGAGCGCAUCACCAUCCAUGACAAAGCAGGACCCCCCCAGGCCUGGUACAGCAUCAUCACGACCAGGCACUGCAAAUGCGGCUGAUGGUACCCCAGUCAAGGCGGAGGGAGAAGCGAACGGCAGCAACACCACAGGUACUCCCGCGCCUACCAACGGGCAAACACCUGAUCCUUCGAAGGCUGCACAAAAGGCCACCCCUCAACCUGGACAGCCAGGGCAGCCUCAGAAGAAGCCUCCGUGGGAUUACACCGAAGAAGUCAUGUCAGUCCUCAAGACUGCUUUCCCUCUGCUGGCCCUUUCAAUGGAGACUAUGGUAGACCAGAUCCAGAAGAACUUCAAGUGCCCCCCUGACGAAGACGCAUACCGACUAAUUGUUGCUCUUCUUAACGAUGCUCUGGCCUACGUUAGUAGAACACCGCCAUCUUUCGCCAAGAAUGUGAAGCUCCCAGCGGCGACCGAAACGAACAUCACUCGGUUUGCUGAAACAAUCCUGCCUAGUCACAUCAAGAAGUCAUUCGAAGCGGAUUUCGUUACUGUCAAGCCCACAAUGUACGAGUACAUCUACAAGCUGCGCCGCUGGCGGAACAAGUUUGAGGAAAAGCUGGAUCACCGAAUACCUCGCGCUUUUCUUGAAAACUUUUCUCCUCACCUAAGUGAAUUUAGGUAUGGCAAAUUCGAUGAGGUGGAGGUUCCAGGUCAAUACCUGCAGCACAAGGACAAAAAUCAAGACUUCAUCCGCAUCGAUCGUUUUCUUCCAAACAUCGAUCUUGUCCGAUCUAUCAGCGCUUCUUACCGCCGUAUUAAAAUGCGUGGUCACGAUGGAAGCAUUCACAAAUGGGCUAUUCAGCACCCUGCAGCGCGACACUGCCGACGAGAGGAGCGCAUUUUGCAGCUCUUCCGGUCGCUUAACCAAACACUGGGUCGCAAAAAGGAGAGUCGGCGUCGUGAUUUGCAGUUCACGAUACCAAUCAUGGUUCCCUUUGCACCUCAUAUCAGACUUGUGCAGGAAGAUACAUCCUACACUACACUACAGGGAGUAUAUGAGGAUCAUUGCCGAAACAUGGGCAUGUCAAAGGAUGACCCUGUGCUAUUCACUAUGGAGAAGCUUCGCGGAGCCCUCGAAAGCAAGAGCUCUAACAAGCCUGAGCAGGCAGCGACAGCUCGGUUGGAGGUAUUCAACGCGAUUCAGGAGAAGUGGGUGCCAUCAACAGUGGCGAUAGAGUAUUUCCAGAAGGUGUUCCCACAGUUUGCAGAGUUCUGGCUAUUCCGCCGCCAGUUCUCGUACCAGCUUGCGGCGUUGACAUUCAUCACGUACAUCAUGUACAUGCACAACCGAUACCCACAGAAGAUCAACAUAUCAAGGGCGACGGGUAAGGUUUGGGGGUCUGAAAUGAUGUCCUAUAUGAGCGCCAACAAACCCUUCUUCCACAACCCUGAACCGGUGCCAUUCCGACUCACGCCUAACCUUCAAACUUUGAUGGGACCACUUGCAACUGAAGGUAUCUUUGCAUGCUCGCUGAUGGCCAUUGCGCGAUGCCUGACGGAGCCUGAAUAUGAACUGGAGCACGCCUUGACGCUUCUUGUGCGUGAUGAGAUGCUGUUCUGGUUUACUGGCAGCCACAGGAACGGAGUAAUUACAGAGGGUCAACUUCGAGAUUCUGUGCAGGUCAACAGUGAAUCGAUUGUCAAGCGGGCACUCAGCCUGGCGCACAGCCCUGUUGGCAACCUGCCUGCGAACCAGACAGUGAUUGAUGCCAUCGCAAAGGCAGUCAAUCCUAUGAACCUGGCACAGUGCGAUGCGCUGUGGAUGCCAUACCUGUAA